GAGGAGCGCCAUGGAGGACCCGCGGCGCGAGGAGCACGAGGCGGCCUGCGCGCGCGCCAACAACAGCACCGCGCCGCCCGCAGAGGUGUACUGCGAGGGCACGUUUGACAGCUGGGUGUGCUGGCCGCACACGGCCGCCAACGCCACCGCCUUCGCGCCCUGCCCCGACUUCGUGCCCGGCUUCCGCCCCGAGCUACUCGCGCACAAGGAGUGCACCGCCAACGGCACCUGGUGGCGCCACCCGCAGACCGGCAACCCCUGGUCCAACUACACCACCUGCUACAAGCCCGAAGAUGAUGUCAGUGACAUCAUCGUGGUGUACGAGACUGGUUACAGCGUCUCAUUAAUCGCGCUUCUCCUGUCGCUCGGGAUACUAUCCUACUUCAAGAGCUUGCGGUGCGCGCGGAUCACGGUGCACAUGAACCUGUUCGCGUCGUUCGCGCUCAACAACGCGCUGUGGCUGGCGUGGUACGCGCUGGUGGUGCGCGCGCCCGCCACGCUGGCCGCGUCGCCCGCCUGGUGCCGCGCGCUCAACGCCGCGCUGCAGUACGCGCUGCUCACCAACUACACGUGGAUGCUGUGCGAGGGCCUGUACCUGCACACGGUGCUGGUGAGCGCCUUCGUGUCGGAGCGGCGCCUGGUGCGCGCGCUGCUGGCGGCCGGCUGGCUGCUGCCGGCGCCCUUCGCCGCCGUGCACGCCGCGCGCCGCGCGCUGGGCGCCGAGCCGCUGUGCUGGGCCGACGAGGGCGCGCCGCGGCCCGAGCUGGCCGUGCUGGUGUGCGUGGCCGUGCUGCUCAAUCUCGGCUUCCUGUGCAACAUCGUGCGCGUGCUGUGCACCAAGCUGCGCGCCGGCGGCGGCGUGGGCGGCGGCGCGGGCUCGCAGCGGCCCUCGGCCACGGCGCUGCACGCGCUGCGCGCCACGUGCCUGCUGGCGCCGCUGCUGGGCCUGCAGUACCUGCUGACGCCCUUCCGGCCGCCGCGCACGGCGCGCUACUGGCUGGCCUACGAGUACGUGUCGGCGCUGAGCACGUCGCUGCAGGGGCUGUGCGUGGCCGUGCUGUACUGCUUCUGCAACGGCGAGGUGCUGGCGCAGCUGCGGCGGCGCUGGCGCGUGCUGACGUUCCGGCCGCGCGCCAACUCCACCACCAACACCACGGUCUCGGUGAGUGCCCGCCGGCGGCUGCUGGAGUGCGCGUGCGACGGCCGCGAGUGACCGCCCUGUGUUGCAGUUCGUGCGCUCGGGGGCGCCGGGCGCCGGCGAGGACAAGGUGUGACUGGCGGCGGGCGGCGAGGCGGCGGCGGCGGCGCCCGAGCCCGCCUCCGACGCCGAGCGCCGCCGCUCCAACGGCCGCCACAUCCGCUUCGAGUGCGUGGACAGCGACGACGACGCGCCCCCCGACACGCGGCUGCUGUGAGCCGCCGCGCCCGCCGCGCGCUGCCGGCUGCUGGCGGCGCUGGCGCGGCGCCGCUCGGCGCGCGACUCCCCGCAAGAUUGGUGCUGAACUUCCUUAUAGUUGCGUUGCACGGCCAAUGUGUUGGCCGAAUACGUGUUACGUGUUGUUCGUUGUGUACAUAAUAAUGUAGGUAGUGUAAUGUGUACAUAUGUGUAUUUAUUUAAAUCAUAAUAUGCACGCGAUCCGCGAUAUCGUCACUACGACUGGAUAACAUUGACACUUACUUAAGUUUGCAUACUGAAUUGAAGUCAGAAUGAAUAAAAAUAAGUAGUUAAUUUUAAUAAAAAAACAUUAUGUAGGUUUUUAUCCUUCCAAAGCUGAUUCAUUUAUUACCCGAUUGAUUUAUUUAACCCAAAGCUUUACACUUUAUGCAUUAUGAUAACACAGUCUCUACACCAGCAGCAAAUAAACAGAGUGAACCUUAAAUUAUUGUUCUAUUUAAGACAUUCUUAUGUACGCUUUCUGUCAACUUCUAGAUUUGUUAACUAGUUCUAGAAUUAACUACUUACAUUUCUUCUCUCAGAAGUUCAGAACUUUAUUUCAAUUAGUGUGUGUGUCAUCGAUGAGUGCAUCUGCUUUUGUCGUGUUUGACCGUACUCCCGGCACCUCCCGCUUGAAGCCUCGAGUGUGCUAGCUCACAAAACUAAAACUGAGUGUUUACUAAAUUAUUCCUAAAACAAACUGCUAUGUUUAAUUUGUAUAUAGUUGUAAAUAUAUUAUGUAUAAUUAAGUACCACAAUUAUGUAAAUGUUUUGUAACUGAAAAAUAUAACAG